CUUUUUUUUAAGUUCGCAUUGAAUCCGCUGCAAACAUAAUCUCAGUUUUCUCAAACUUUGAUCAAAGACGGAGUGCUCAGAAAACUAUUAAAACAUUUCUAAGCUCUGUUUUGGCGGAAGCAGCCAGGAAAGAGUUAACUUCCUGUGAAUCACUGUCAGGAAACCUGUUUCUACUCGCCCCACAAAUACUUGAAACCCUUUUUUACGACACCGAAAGGAAUCUUCGCGUGUUUUUCUGCUGGAAUCAUGGUGGUUUCCAGGCUUCUGGGCCGAUUGGCGUUAUGUCCAUCACCGAGACUCCGAAUCGUCACUUUCCGUCCAGUCUGGUCCACUUCAGUUUCUGGCUUCAGCAGUCAGCCUGCAUCCACAGACGCGGUGGUGCGACACAGGUUUGGUCGUCCGGUUCUGUCAGUGCGUCUGCCGACGGGCAGGAAGCACGACUUCACGCUUACGCCCAUGCUGACCACAGUGGGAGACCUGCUGCAGGACAUCACAGCCAAGGACUCGGCAGUGCGCAGCGCCACCUUGCUGACAGGAGAUGGAGAGAGGAUCUCGUCGUGCACCUUCAUGGAGACUGUUCUACAAGAAAACUUCCAGCUGGUUGUCAAUGAAGUCACAUAUGAGGUCCGUUCCCCAGGACAAGGCCAGUCUCACGAACACGUUUUGGCCGUGGAUGACAUGAAGUAUGUGGUCCACCUGCUCCACACGGCUCUGAACCUCCCACAGAAGCUUCACAGCAAGCAUCACGAGCUGAUGAUCCAGCAGGAGGAGCUCCGGCACCGACUGGAGCCGCUGGAGACGCUGAAGCGACGGCUGGCUAAGCAGGCUGAGUCGCGGGCCUCGGUGCUAGCGUGGGCGGGGCUUGCCUACCUGUCAUUUCAAGGAGGUUUCCUUGGUUACCUCACCUGGUACGUGUUUGCGUGGGACGUGAUGGAGCCCGUCACCUACUUCAUCACUUACAGCACCAGCAUGAUGUUCUUCGCCUACUACGUCCUCACCAAGCAGGAGUUUUACUGCCCUGAUGUGAAAGACAGACAGUUCCUGCACUUCUUCCACCAGAGGGCGACAAAAGCUAAAUUUGAUGUUGAGCAGUACAACCGGCUGAAAGGCGAGCUGGCGCUGGUGGAGAGCGACCUCCGGAGGCUGAGGAGCGCCAUUCGACUGCAGCAGCAGGUGGAUCAUGCCCCCCCUCAAACGUAACUCAUUACAUGUUGUUGUUGUGAAGGAAACUGGCAAUUGCCUUCACAUCUGAGAAAUCUCAGAUUUACUUUCUUUUUCUUGGCAUUUCCCAUCAGAGGUCACCACCUACAGUAUCUUAAUGUCUCCACAUCAUGACCCUCCCUGGCUACCCCCCUCUUCUUUCAUGCUUUUUCAUGUUCUUCGAAUGUGAUGGUUCUCUGUGACCAACAAAGGCUGCUUGUCAUAUCUCAACGUGUUUGCUGUAAAUAUCAUGAGUCCAUAUUUAGUAGACGAAGUUAUGUGAUGAGACUGAGCCCUUGCUCCCAGACUGAUGUUGAGUCUCUGACUGAACAAAGAGACGGCUUCAACAAAUAAAACCUGUUUACGUCAUAAAUAUUUUAGUGGAAAUGCAAAUGUUUAUUGUACUUACAGAUGAAUCUGCACUGAAAUCAUCCAUAAAAUCUGUGAGAGGUCAGGAAUUGUACUUUGUCACAGCAGGCCACCCGGUGUGACCCCUGAUCCACUCAAAGUAGUGGGCCACCUGACAGGGAAACACGGGUCUGUGAAACUGGCACACCAGAGAGGGAAGCCACUCACGUGGACUUUACCUGGGUGUAAAGUCCAGGGAGGUUCCGCUGACCACACCGUUCCCCCCAGCUCACGAUGCCCCACAGGUAGGACACACCCAGCUCAUCCUCGCACACCAGGGGACCCCCGCUCUCCCACUGGCAGGAGUCCACUCUGCCCUCGGGAUCAUCUACACAAAAACCACUUUAACGUUGUGACGAUAAAAGGAACACAGUUAUUCAACUCAGUGUUUUACAGGAUCAAAGGAGAGUGAGAGCGCAUCAGGAUUAAGCUCAAAUGACUGAGCAUAAAAGCACUCCACUCAGGAAGGUCAACCUUCCGCCAGCGCAAUCUUCCAAUGUUAGCGAUCCAGAUCACUCCCAAAAUGGAAUCAUUCGAUCCUUGUCCUGUUUCACACAUAUAUCCUGACAGCUUCAUCCAAAUCUGUCCAUAACUGAAAGUGAAUUCAAUACAUGUACAAGCAGAGUUUAUGACAAAAGACAUGGCUGGUUGAAGAUAUUUGAGGCUGAGGUAGUGAUGAACACAUUAGAUCAUGUGUGUCCAACUCAAGCCCUCUGACCACAAAGAAAAGUCCAAGUUAAGCUGGAUCCGUACCCACCUGCACACAUCAUGCCUGGUUUGAAGCGAUCCCCGUAGAACGUUUGGCAGUUGUCAAUGAGGGUGACCUUUGCCCAGUGCAACACUUGGGAACCGUCUCCUUCUACAAAACCAAAUGUUUUCAAACGUUUCAUGUUAACUGAGUCACGACCAUGGGGAGAACCAACGACAGCGCGCUGUAACUGCCUGCCCAUGUUUUUGCGCGACAGUGGAUUGUUGCACUUGGUCUCACAAAUGGUGAAGAGGAACAUGAACGAAAGUGAAAACUGCGAUGGAUGCGAACCUGCGUUAAGUGCCCACCCUGAGAUGCUGCAGUUGUGUGAGGGCUGAAACAGCUUGGUGGUCCACGGGACACACACGGCGCUGACGGCUGGGUUGUCCACAAAACAUUUUUCCUUGUCUUGCGGAAGGGCCUUCAGCUUCACCAAGGCGAUGUCAUUCUGGUAUGUGGCAGCGUCGUACCUGCAGUGCAUCACUGGUGUUAAUGACCUUCUGAUGACCUUCCAGUUCCUUGUCACUGCUGGGCUACAGACUGUGGAUGGAUGAUGAUCUCCUGGACUGAGACAAUAUCAGUUGUAUCUUGGGGCCGCGACUUCAUCCACAGAGAGAAUUUCACCCAGAACAAGGUGGGGUUCGGCCUGGAAAACACACCAGUGAAUGUGGACUCAACAGCUGCUCCCACCCACCGCUCUACCUGACACAGUGGGCCGCCGUGAGCACCCAGCACCCUCCAAUAUAAGCUCCACCACAGUUGAUCUUCUUGUCCUCCUGCAGCGCCACCUGCCACUGGAUCUGAGUCUGUCGAUUCACAUGGCAACAGUUGAGGCAACACAGAGGCCCAGCUCUAAAAGAUGUGUUGAAUUGGCACUGACCGGUUUGGCAGGAGUCCCUCCAACCACUCGCUUGAAUCUGCUCUGUCUGUGAACCAUCUCUUCAUUGUGGACAGUGGUGGUGUUGGGAAGCCCACAAUAGAGGCGGGACUCCAGAUGAGCCCGAAUGAUGGCGGUUUCUACACACAAGUAGGAACAUCUUAAGCUGCGUUAACAAUGGCUGAACAAUUUAAACUGGUAUUAAUUUGCGGUGGUUUGAAUUGUUCUUUGUUUGCAGUAUAUUUACUCUCAUUUUAAGUGCUUCAUCAGAUGCCAGAAUGUGAUCGCUUGACACAACAAUCCAGUGCGUGAUUUGAGCACCACUUUGUUUAUAACCAAUUUACACUUUAUAACGAAAUUAAUCAUAAUGUGUAACUUCAGGAAAUGCUUUCUCUGGUGGUAGUCACAUGGUGACCGCUCAUUAAAUUGGAGAGUCAUAUGUUUUUACCAGUUAUUGCAGCCAAAGACGGAUUUUUCCCUCGUAUUUUGUGUUCACAAUGUCGAAAGUGCAAUGGACUCAAUCAGACUGCAGGUGGCAGUAACAUCACGGAACCGCUAUAACAGAGACCCAUGAGGCGUGAAGAAGAAGCUCCUCAGGAAAUGUAUUGGAAUCUUCAAAACGUGUGUAACCCAUUUUGUCAUCUGCCAUCUAUAGACAAAGUUGAUUUAGCACAGAGAUUUCAUUCUAUGUUGUGUUUUAUUCAGGCAAAAUGUCCGUUCUCUUCCUGUUGGAACUGGAGCUGGUCUGGUCAUGUGACUGGAUAUGUCUUUUGUCUCAUUGAAAAUCAAACUAAGAACCAAACAAACUACCUCAUAUUGAUAAUGUCUAUAAUCUCGACAUCUUGCAUUUAGCUAGUGCGGCCUGCAUGAGAUCAACGUGACAAAGUAACCGUGACCAUCUCAAUUUUGUCCCAUGACAAUGACCCUUUUUUGGCUCGUAAGUAAAUAGGUCCCUUUUAAUUUCCCUUUAUUUAUUUGUAUUUAAAAUAUGUGGCAAUAGUUAUUUUUUAUCCCCAAUAUUGUGUUUUCCUCUCAUACAUUUUACUUAACCUCUCCCAUCUUUACAUUCUGU